AAACAGGGGAAAAAAAAACCAACCGAACGAGCUCUCCCCGACCCGAUCCCCAAAUCCCCCCACAUCUCAUGGCGAGCUUGUGGCGAGCGGUGAUGGGCACCGGCGCCCCGUCCGCGUCCGCGGACGCCACGGACGGCAUCGAGUUCUGGCGCGAGCCCGAGCGCGGGGGGUGGCUGGACAAGCAGGGCGAGUACAUCAAGACGUGGCGGCGGCGGUGGUUCGUGCUCAAGCAGGGGAAGCUCUUCUGGUUCAAGGACUCGACCGUCACGCGCGCGUCCGUGCCCCGCGGCGUCAUCGCCGUCGCCUCCUGCCUCACCGUCAAGGGCGCCGAGGACGUGCUCAACCGCAAGUUCGCCUUCGAGCUCUCCACCCCGGGCGAGACCAUGUACUUCGUCGCCGACUCCGACAAGGAGAAGGAGGACUGGAUCAACUCCAUCGGCCGCUCCAUUGUCCAGCACUCCCGAUCCAUGACCGACGACGAGAUCGUCGACUACGACAGCGGCCACCCCGCGACCGGCCGCAAAUCAUAGGUCCGUCGAUUGAUUGGCGAGCAAAAGGACCGGUGAGGCGUCGGUGGCAUCUGUAAGCUCUACUGUUCUACAUCAUCUUUGUCAUGUUUAUCUAGGUUUUUUUGGUACAUAUCUUCCACAGAUAUGAUGUGCGCACCUGUAUAGUGUUAGUGAUUGUUAUCGGUGAUUUUAGGUCUUGAUACUACUAUGGAUCGGUUUUGUCCUUAUAACUUUCUUUCAAGUACUGUUGGAUUCGUAUUUGGUCCUUAAACGUUCUUAUCCAAGUGUAUAUCUCAAGCCGUAGCAAAUGGCACAAGGGGAUGUUUCUCGGUGUUUUUGACUUAUCUACAUGUAGCUAGUUGUCUGAUAACAUUUGGCUUGUUAUGACUGGAUUAUGUAGUGGUCCAUUAACAUUCAAAUCAUGAAUUGUAUCUUGUUUGUUCAA